CCUGGGGGGAGAGCUCGGUACCGGGCCUGGGACUUAUUUGGCACCAGAAGCCUGACCCUCGGGCCCCGGGCUGGGCAGUUACUUCCAGCCCCCAGGGCAGAGGCACAGCCCUUCCACAUCAUCCCUUUUCUCCAGGGAGAGUCCAUGAUCAUCCCGAUCACCGUCAUGGCUCUUCAACUCACUCAGGAAAAAACGGUGGGCUUGGUGACCCGGCGGAUGAGAGUGGCGGCAGGUGUGUGGAGUAGAGAGCACUGAACGUCUGAGGUUUCGACUCGAGCUUUGGCCGCCGACGGCUGACUGUCUUCUGGGUUGAGGUCCUUUAAUCUGUCCUUAACUUGCUGGGGUACCGGAAAGACAGUGGGGGCCGUGAGGAUUGGGCUAGAGCAGAUCCUAAACACAGUCAGUUGGAGUCCUGCCUGUGGCAUCCCUGGAGCUCAUUUGAGAGUGCCAGAAUUGCUCCAGCAGCAACAUCCGCCUUCUGCUGUGUGCCAUCGUGUCUAGUCCGCAUUUGUUCCAUUCACCAAGAACUCACGUCAUUCAGGAAGAGUGGCCGCUGGUUUUCCGUUCCUGGGGUGCCUCUCGUAGUGUAGGAUUUGUCUUUUCACAGAGCCCUCAGAGCCCCUUCCUGAGGAGCCCAAGCUUGAGGGGAUGGCCCACCGCCAUUGCCAUAAGAACGCCCAGGCGCUGUCAGGCCUCUCUCCCGAGAAGCAGCAGGCCCGGAGGCAACUGUAUGCUGCCUCUGCUGUGUGCUUAAUCUUCAUGGCCGGGGAGGUGGUUGGUGGGUAUUUGGCACACAGCUUGGCCAUUAUGACCGAUGCCGCUCACUUGCUGGCAGAUGUAGGCAGCAUGGUAGCCAGCCUCUUCUCCCUCUGGCUCUCCUCUCGGCCAGCCACCCGAACCAUGACCUUUGGCUGGCACCGCUCCGAGACUCUGGGGGCUUUGGCCUCUGUGAUCUCCCUCUGGAUGGUCACUGGCGUCCUGCUGUACCUGGCCUUCAACCGCCUGCUGCAUAGUGACUACCAUAUCGAGGCGGGCGCCAUGCUGCUGACCGCGAGCAUCGCUGUCUGCGCCAAUAUGCUAAUGGCCUUUGUGCUGCACCAGACUGGGCCUUCCCACAACCAUGGAUCUAGGGGUAGAGGAAUGGCCUUUGUGCUGCACCAGACUGGGCCUUCCCACAGCCAUGGAUCUAGGGGUAGAGGGUAUGCACCACUGGAGGAGGGGCAAGGAUACCCCCUGUCCCUGGGAAAUACCAGCGUCCGGGCUGCCUUUGUGCAUGUACUGGGAGAUCUCCUUCAGAGCCUGGGGGUCCUGGUUGCCUCCAUCCUCAUCUACUUCAAGCCUCAGUACAAGGCGGCUGACCCAAUCAGUACUUUCUUCUUCUCUAUCUGUGCCCUUGGAUCCACAGCCCCUACCCUUCGAGACGUGCUCCGCAUCCUCAUGGAAGGUGCCCCUCCCAGCGUGGGGUUUGAACCUGUAAGGGACACACUGCUGUCAGUGCCGGGAGUCCGAGCGACCCAUGAUCUCCACCUGUGGGCCCUGACGCUUACUUAUCAUGUCGCCUCUGCACACCUGGCUAUUGACUCCACCGCUGACCCUGAAGCUGUCCUGGCGGAAGCCUCAUCGCGGCUCUAUUCCCGGUUUGGAUUCUCCAGCUGCACCCUGCAGGUGGAGCAAUACCAGCCUGAGAUGGCCCGGUGUUCGCACUGCCGGGAACCCACCCAAGCCUGAGCCUCAGCCCCGCCCUGGCCCCACUGCCAGACCCAGACUCAGCCACCAUGGACCCUCAGCACCUGCCUCCCCAUCACAGAAGGGACCAUCUUCUCUCCACCUUCCACCUGCCAACUGCCCCAGCCCCAGCCCCUGUGGUCAAGACCAAAGUGUGUGUGUAUGAGAGGAAGUCGGGGGAGGGGGGGAUCAGACUGAAUAGUUGUAAACAGUUUAGGGGUGUGGGGUGUGGGAGCCCCACCAUCCGCGCUCCACAUGGCCUUGGAGAGUCAUGCUUUCUGUGAAAUUCAUGUGUCCUUGUGGCAGGCUGGCUGGCUAGCUGGGGACAUCUGCCUGUCUGUGUGCUGUUCGUGUGCCUAUGCCUGGGGAGGUCAUCGGGGCCCCUCCCCACGUGAUCCUUGCUCUGUCUAUGCAGGGGCCCCAAAGCCUGCACUUUGUUCCUGUGUCCUACCCUGUGGUUUUGUCUGUUGUGUAUGUGUGUUCUUUGGUGCUGUGGCCUUGUGUGUCUUUGUACCUGUGUGGCUGUGCUGGUCUCUGAGUCUGCUCUACCUGUGUAUCCAUUAAGGGGUCUGUCUGUCCAUCCCUCUGUUGGUGCUGUAUCCUUGGCUUCCCCCUAGUGGGGGGGAGGACCCCACUGCAGCUCCACCAAUAAACUUGUAUCUAACUGCA